CCAAGUCUCACUUGUCGCGCUGAGUUCGUUCGUGUCGCAGCAGCAGCAGCAGCAGCAGCGCAGCAGUGGCAGUGUCAGCAGCUACUAUUCCGUUCGUUACAUAAAGAAGAGAUUUCAAAUAGCAAGUUUAAGUGCGCUGCUCGGUUGCGAAUGGCAUAAAUCAUUCAGCGAAGUCAGCAUUGUGAUAAACACUUAGGCGAAAUUGAAAACGAAAGGAGCCAGCGCGACCCACAAAAUAAAAAAAAAAGAGAAUCGAAAUCGAAAUUGAAAGUAAAGAAAGAAUGUUAUAAUACGAGUUUCGAGAAGCAGUGACUGUGUAUCUGGUACAUAGAGCCCGAAAAAAAGAAUAUAUGAAAUAUUAAAUGUGCCGUAACACGGGCGUUGAAAAAAGUACCAGAACGACUGGCAAAAAAAUAAAAAUAAAACAGACAAAAGACAAAAACGAAUAAAUAGAAUCGGAGCAACAAAAGCGGAAAUCAGCGCAAACAAGGACAAGAAAGCAAACUCGAAAAAUCAACGCAAAGUGCAGAAUUAUUUAAUCAACGCCAGCCAGCAGUCAGUCAGCAAGUGGAAAACCCUGGAAACGCCUAUAAAUAAAGGACACGCGAUAACCAAAAAUAGAAAGUAAUGAUAAACCAAAACCAAAGUACCUGCAACAAUGAAAUUGAGCAAAUCUUAAAGGCAUAACCAAAAAAGCAAACCGAAGAUUAGAAUUACUUUUAAAAAUAUACAAAGGACACUCGCUAUAUACAAAAGUGCUAUAGAUAAACGAUAAACGCUAACCACAUAAGCAAAAAACAAUACAAAAAAAAACACAAAUCUGUAGUUCGUUGCCGUUUGUUCACCGCCGGAUGAUAAUACAAUAUACAGCCCAAGGAUAUAGAGCGUAAUCCCCGUUGAGAUAGUGUAAUGGAACUAACCUCGUAGUUUGUAGAGAGACGAGCGUCUCUGCCCAUAGGACAGCAAAUAAAGAAAUUCAGAUAACCGCAACAUAAACGCACUUAACGACUAACUAAAACUACCAAGUAGUUGCCUCUCUAUAUACAAUAUAUAUAUAUAUAUAUAUACACCUACGAGAUAUAUACAAGAAUACCUAGCCGUAGCGAAUAGAUAAACGCCAGUCUGUAUAUCUACCUAUAUGGAUUUAUUUUUAUAAUGCCGCUAAAGCAAAACUCGAUCCCGAACCCAGCCCCGCCCUCGACCUAGGCCUUUCAAAUUGCAUCUGAAUAAGUAACGAGGGCGAUUAAUGCAUUAAUUGGGUGGCGAAGGACGUCGCCACACGGAGUCCCAAGGAGGGACUGUCGCCGGGUCCGGAUUUGGAUCGGGGUCCUUUGCGUGUGGCUCGUGUAGCCAGAUACACACGUAUACCCACGGAGGCAUACAAACGUACAGGACGAAAUCGAGCUACCUGCUUUGGGUUUCCCGUGUUGCGCUGCCUUGACGCAACUCCGCCUUAACUCGCGUCGCUUCCAUUUGCCACAAAGUAAAAAAAACACAAAAUAAAAAAGGCGACCGCAAAGCCAAAACUGCGGUGCGUUCGUUAAACUUUCAUGACCAAACAUUAACUUAAGCAGGACGAGAGGACAGGAGUGGAGCGGAGCGGCUAGAGGGUUGAAAAGCGGCGGAUAGCAUACAUUUCGGAGCAAGGAAACUGAGCUGUCAUCAUCACAAGCCCAAAAAAACCAACCCACACCCCCUUCCAACAGCUAGUUUGUUUUUGUGAUAAAUAAUUUAACGAUCCAUACUUGGAUCCCGAUCCUGCCGACCAUCCCACGUUCAGCUCCAGUUACCGUUAUCGUUACCGUUACCGUUACCGUUACCGCUACAGUUAUAGCUCCAACUCCAGUUCCAGUUCCAGUUCCAAGGCCCCACCAUCACAUCCGUACACCACCAACCGAGAAGCAACAAUAACUAUACACCCUAGAGGUUAAACGACAUUUAUAAUCCAGAGUACAAAACGAAUAGCCCCGAAAAACGCUGUAAACUAAACUAAAAAAAGAAACCAAAAAGCUAAACUAUAAAUAGUAACAUAUGGUAUUAUUAUACACGCAACUCAAACAGAUAAAGCCAUCAAGUCAGAGUCACAUAACCUCAAACGAAUGAGAGCCUAUAAAACAAAAACGAAUCGAAACGAAAAGUGAAGAAUUAUAAGCAAUACAAGCAGUGCUGUUGACUAUUUUAGAGGCCACCUUUUAGAUACCCUCACCCAACCUACGUUAUUCAACCAAACACCUAAGAACCCACCAAAAUCGAAAACCUAACCUAAAAGCUAAAACCUACAACCUACAACCUAAAACACGGAUAAGAAAAACAAGCCCCAUGUGCGAGUGAGAUAGCUAGAGCGGACAGAAAGAGAGAGAGAGUGUGUAACACAACGAAAAGCAAUUUAUUUUUGUUUACGUGUCCGUGUGCCUCAGCCUUGGACCUGUAUUAGUUAAUGCCAAAUAUCGAAGCGGAAGUUGCACCAACACCUGCACACACAACUACUAAUACUACUAGCGCUAGACACUUACACACACUCAGCCGUUAUGACAAGGCCAAGAAUUGCAGCGGGCAUUGCGGGGCCUUCCCGGCGGCACUAGCAACACCCUCAGAAAGGCGAAUAAUAAAAAAAGUAAAACCAGAAAUAUCCCCGUGAACAACAACCACGUUACGUUACGUUACGUUAGCGAAGGUGGCGCGAGUGGUUCGAUGUGGUUCGAACUCGAGUUCGAGUGCAGGUGGUGACGUGACAGCGGCGGCGUCGUGGGUCCAAGAAAAUGCACGUUAAACACACUCAGCGCCGAGUCAGCGGUCCUGGAGCCUUCGGAACCUUUACCAACGAUCAACGUGCCAGCCGCGACAACUUGUGCCCGGACAACCAGCCGAAUCAGCAGCAGCAGCCGCACCACCAGCAGCGCCACUCUCACUCGCACCAGCACUUGGUGCGCCAGUCUCUGGUGAGUCUCAGCAACGGACAGCCGGCGGCAUCUUCGGCGGCGGACAGCGCUUCGCUGCUGCGGGCGGGCGAUGACCAGCAGCAGCAUCAGCAUCAGCAGCAGCAACAGCAGCAACAGCAGCAGCAGCAACAACACUUGCAGCAGCAACACCUGCAACAGCAACAGCAGCAAAGGCAGCGCAGCAGCACCAGUCGGCUUUCCACGAGCGGCAUCUCGAAGCAGAACUCUGGGGACAGCAGGAGUGGGCUGCGGAUCCUCGACAGCAGCCACAGUCCGGUGAGCUGCGGCACCCAGAGUGUGAGCAGCACUGGUGGCCAGUCGGCGCUCUACGAUGCCUGCCACGAGUACUCGCGCAGCUUGAGUGCAGCCGCGGCCGAAGGAGCUGGAUCGCUGCUGAAGAGCCACUACAGUGACCAGCAGUUGGCCCAGCCGGAGCCAGAUCCGGAACCAGAUCCGGAUCCGGAAAGGGAUCGCGACAGAGAUAGAGAUAGAGAUAGAGAGAGGGAACGUCGCCAUCUGACCAACCUCAAUCUAAAUCUGAGCAGCGAGUACGACUACAGCGGCAGCGACAAGCAGCAGCUGGUGAACGAGACGUACAUCUUCAAGUGCAUCGCCAACAGUCCCUCGUUCCUGCGCACCAACAAGAUCAAGGAGCAGUCCAAGAAGCUGCGCAAUCUCUCGCUGAAAACGCGAACGGCCAAGAAGAAGGGCCAGAUCAUCUCGAAGUCGAACGCGGUGUCGGAUAACUCGCUGCAUCCCGGUGAUAAGUACUUAAACCUUUAUCUGGUGGAGAAGAAGCACUCGCUGCAGCCGCAGGUGUCCACGUCGAGUUCCAGUCCGCAUCCGCAGGCCUCCUCGGCGCCGGCCAGUUCCACCUCCACUUGCACGAGGAACCAGCAGUUGCCCGCUCUGUCGGCGGUUGCUGCCCGCCAGCAACAGUUGCUGCUGAACGGAUCCCUAAAGGGGAAGGGUCAAGGACAGGGGCAGGGUCAGGGUCAGGGGAGCAGGCAAACCCUGCCCGGCCAUCGGGCGUCGGUGAGGAGCGAGAGUGGAAGCGGUAGCAGCCACACCAUUCCGGCGACGGGCAAGAGUCCGCCGGUGCCGCACUCGCUGGCGGCCAAGAUCAGCAGCAGCUCGGCAAGCGGCAGCAAGAACUGCAAUCUGCUCAGCGCCAGCAGCAACUCAUGCCACAAGCUGCACGCCCACGCCCAAGGAUCGGGAGCGGGAUCAGGAUCGGGAUUGGGUUCGGGACCCGGGCACAGUCACUACACGGCAGCCGCGUCGCCGAAGAGCUCGGUGAGCAGCAACGGACACCUGAACAAGUACUGCCUCACGGACCUCACGCGCCGCAAGGCCGAGUUCAAUCGCCAGCUGAGCGCGCCCACGGACUACACGCACCACUCCUCCAGCAACGGGUCGCAGCAGGAGGGCUCCUCGGAGGCCAACGAGGGCCACGAGCCUGUUGGCGAGUCGACGAUCACCGUCGCCAGUGCCGGAGUGCCGUAUCCGCAUCCGUACUCCUAUCCGUAUCACUACGCGCACCACGCCUCCUCCUCGGCAACUGCGCCGGCCAACCUCAAGGCGUCGCUGCAGCUGCACAGCUUCUCCGGGGGCCACCACCCGUGUCCCUAUCCGGCGAGGCCCACGUCCACGUCGUGCACCAACAGCUUCAACCGGCGCCACAUCCGCCGGCACAAGGGCAAGCUCGGCGAUCGACUGCUGAGCGGGGAUAGUGAGGAAUCGGUGCGCUGCUCCUACUGCUCGGUGCUGAAUGUGAACGAGAACGACCUGCGCAUUUCGUUCGAGAACACCUGCACCGACUCCCUGGUCACCGCUUUCGAUGAUGAGGCCCUGCUAAUAUGCGACCAAGGAACCGAAAUGGUACACUUUGAUGACGUGUCGUUGUACGGCACUCCGAAAGAGGAGCCCAUGCCCAACAUACCGAUCGUGUCGGAAAAAGUCUCUGCGAAUUUCCUAAAAAGUCAAUUGCAAUCAUGGUUCCAGCCGACGGACAACCGACUGGCCAUGAAACUGUUUGGCAGCCGAAAGGCGCUGGUCAAGGAGCGAAUACGUCAGAAAACUUCCGGGCAUUGGGUCAUACACCCUUGCAGUUCAUUCAGGUUUUACUGGGACCUUUGCAUGCUUUUAUUAUUAGUAGCAAAUCUUAUUAUCCUGCCAGUCGCAAUAUCAUUCUUCAACGAUGAUCUGAGCACACGAUGGAUUGCCUUCAACUGCCUAAGUGAUACUAUUUUUUUAAUAGAUAUUGUAGUCAAUUUUAGAACAGGAAUUAUGCAACAAGACAACGCUGAACAAGUAAUAUUGGAUCCAAAGCUUAUAGCUAAACACUAUUUAAGAACUUGGUUUUUUCUCGAUUUGAUUUCGUCGAUACCGCUAGAUUAUAUAUUUUUAAUUUUCAAUCAAAUUAUGAAAUUGCAGGAUUUCUCUGAUUCUUUUCAAAUAUUGCAUGCUGGACGCGCCCUGCGCAUCCUGCGCCUGGCGAAGCUGUUAUCCUUGGUCCGACUGCUCCGCCUUUCCCGCCUCGUGCGCUACGUGUCCCAAUGGGAGGAGGUCUAUAUUCUGCAGAAUCUACAGAAAAAAAGUGCUGAUCGCAGAGGGAGAAUGAACAGAAAAGACAAAGAUGGCUUGACAAAAAGCAACCUAAUUCUCAAGUUCCUCAAUAUGGCCUCGGUCUUCAUGAGGAUCUUCAAUUUAAUUUGCAUGAUGCUCCUGAUCGGCCAUUGGAGCGGCUGUUUGCAGUUCUUAGUGCCAAUGUUGCAGGGUUUUCCAUCCAACUCCUGGGUCUCCAUCAACGAGUUGCAGGAAUCGUACUGGCUGGAGCAGUAUUCGUGGGCAUUGUUCAAGGCCAUGUCGCAUAUGCUCUGUAUAGGCUACGGCAGAUUUCCACCACAAUCACUGACAGACAUGUGGCUCACGAUGCUAUCGAUGAUAUCCGGGGCCACCUGUUACGCAUUGUUCCUCGGUCACGCGACCAAUCUCAUCCAGAGCUUGGACUCAAGCCGGCGCCAGUACCGCGAGAAGGUUAAACAGGUGGAGGAGUACAUGGCCUAUCGCAAGCUGCCACGCGACAUGCGGCAGCGCAUUACGGAAUACUUCGAGCAUCGGUACCAGGGUAAAUUCUUCGAUGAAGAGUUGAUACUUGGCGAGUUGAGCGAGAAACUGCGCGAGGAUGUCAUCAACUACAACUGCAGAUCCCUCGUGGCGUCAGUGCCUUUUUUUGCUAAUGCCGAUUCGAAUUUCGUUUCCGACGUAGUUACCAAACUGAAAUACGAAGUUUUCCAACCAGGUGAUAUUAUCAUAAAGGAGGGUACGAUCGGUACUAAGAUGUACUUCAUACAGGAGGGCGUGGUGGACAUUGUCAUGGCCAACGGCGAGGUUGCCACCUCACUAUCGGACGGAUCUUACUUCGGUGAGAUCUGUCUGCUGACCAAUGCGCGUCGAGUGGCCAGCGUGCGAGCCGAAACCUAUUGCAAUCUAUUCUCGUUGAGCGUGGAUCAUUUCAAUUGCGUUCUGGAUCAGUAUCCGCUGAUGCGCAAGACCAUGGAGACUGUGGCCGCCGAGCGGUUGAACAAGAUUGGCAAGAAUCCGAACAUAAUGCAUCAGAAGGACGAGCAGCUGAGCAAUCCGGAGUCGAACACGAUUACGGCUGUGGUGAAUGCCCUGGCUGCCGAGGCGGAUGACUGCAAAGAUGAUGACAUGGAUCUCAAGGAGAAUUUACUGCAUGGGUCAGAGUCGAGCAUUGCUGAGCCGGUGCAGACGAUACGCGAGGGUCUCCCGAGGCCGCGGAGCGGAGAGUUCCGCGCCCUGUUCGAGGGCAACACCCCAUGACACUGAGGAACGAUGACGAGCGGUGCCGGCGGGCACCGGGCAUCCAUCUGAAGCCAGCGGCUCGGCUCGCUGGCCACUCACUCACCCAAAACCCACACCCAUACCCCACACAGGACCCCACACUCACACACACACACACACACUGCGUAUAUAAUAAUUUAGUAAAAGGAACCCCAAGACGCGAUAAGAGUACACUAAAAAAGAAUCAAUUUAUGGUAGACACUCUAUAUAUGCAAUUGCGAUUUAGUAGAAAACGUAUUAAAACAAAAAAAUCCAAAAAAAGUAAAAACAAAAAACAAUUACACAAAAAAUGUCCUCAAUAAUUAUUCAUAAUUUCAGCUCCGCUAACUGUGAUGACUUUAAUAUAAGAAUCGAAAAAAAAUUAACAAAAAAAGAGAAAACGAGUACAUACAGAGAUAAAUUAUACGAUAGAGAGAACUCAGCAGCCAGCAGACAGAUCAGAAAAUCACGACCCACAGCCAUAGAAGAUUUGCCACCCGAACACCUCACUUCACACGCCACACCAACACACACACACACACUCGAACACAGAAUAAAUACUGACAUAUAAAGUAAAUCUACAUAUAAGUUUUAUGCCCACGAUAUUGUAACGAUAACGAAGUGAAUAGACUUUUGAAUUGCUACAUAGGCGUUAGUCCUAUGGACCUACUACAAGAACACACAGCCACACACACGGAGGCACACCUGGAGCUGGUCAGGUGGGGAGGUCAAAGGUGACAGGUAUCAGGCAUCAGGCAUCAGGCGACAGGUGACUACAGUCAGUCAGACAGACAUGCAUCCACUUAUGAUAUAAACGAAGCGAAGCGUUACAGCAUACCAAAACAUAUUUAUGCGCGUAGCUAUUAUGUACUCGAGCAACCAACAAACAAACAAACAACCAAACAAUUAUGUAUUAUUGCGAUUAUAUAGCAUAUUUAAAUACGCAUUGCAAAAAGGGAAAACAUAACUCAGCAAUAUACAAAACAAGAAAAGAACCCAAGAAACAAAACAAAAUGAAAAGUAUUUAAGCAAAUUUAACGAAUGCGCAUUAGUAGUUGAACUAUUAGUUUUUCACUCACUAACAAACAAAACACCACUCGACACACAACGUAGUAGAGAAGCCUCAACAAAAAACAAAAGGAAUAAAUAUAUUAAAAACCAACCUCAGGGUGCCGUCGUUUCAGCGGUCACCAAAAAAUAACAAAAAAAAAAAACAAAAAAAAAGAACAGACAAGAAACCAACUAUAUACACAACAUAUAUACAAAACAUAGACAAUGUUGUCUUUUAUAGGGAAUUGUUAAAGCGCCUCAGUUACAUUUCAAGUAUUUAUUGCGGGCCUGCCGCCGAGCAAGAUCAUGAUUUUCCAUUAAGGUUCAGAAUUUUCGUUCGAGGUACCACAUUUCGUUGCGAGCGAGAUCUCUUUUGCAAGUGGUUCGUCUUUGAGUCCUUGUUUGUUUUACUUUCAAGCAUAAAUCAGGCGAAGGACAGCGACUUGUUGAAGGAUUUAUGUAACUUAGUAUUUUAUUACACGUAAACUAAUAAAAAGAAAGCAGAAGGACAGCGUUUGCCUUAAAAUAAUA